UUUCUGUUUAUGAUGUUGAUAUUUUGUAUAAUUUCAAAUAUUGCAGCUAGAUUCAAGUUUUUCUCUUAAUUAUUGCCUCUUAAAGGGAGCAAGUUUUUUAUUUUCUCUUUUUAUUUUUUCCUACAUUAUGUUAUUUUUAUUCUUCAAUUUGAGAUAUGACUUUUCUUUUUAUGGUUUCUAGUAUAUGAACUCUUCAUCAUCAUCAUCAACUUAACUAAUCGCGCCGAAAAGGAUGAACAUGUAUGAGCCAUUCCUUCAAGUGAGUAUUUGGGAGGAUAGCUUUAAAGUGGAUCAUAGUACUUUGAAUUCAAUUGCUUCCCCAAUGUUGAAGAUGAACAUAACUAGCAUGGAAAACAAGUCUGAAUGCAUCCCUCAAGAAUCAAGAGAACCUUCUGGAGAUGAUCAAGAGACUAUUCAAGAACCUGUUCCUAAGGUACUACGACGUCAAGCACAGAAUCGCGCAGCUGCUCGAAAAUGUCGGCUGCGAAAGAAGGCUUAUGUUCAACAACUGGAAACAAGUAGAUUGAAGCUCAUGCAGUUAGAAUUGGAUAUCGAGAAAACAAGAAAACAGGGUUUAUACAAAAGCAGUUUAUCGGAUGUCGGUUAUAUGGGAUCGUCCGGAACAAUAAACUCAGUCAUGUUAUGUUUCGAAGCAGGGAUAUCAUUGUUUGAAAUUGAAUAUGGACGUUGGAUUGAAGAACAAGAUCGACAAAACGAGGAACUAAGAAAUGCAUUGCAAACUAAUGCAUCUGAUAUACAACUUCAUCUACUUGUUGAGAGUAGCUUGAACCAAUACUCAAAUCUUUUCAGAAUGAAAGCUGAAGCUGCAAAGGCUGAUGUUUUCUAUUUAAUCUCUGGCGUAUGGAAAUCACCGGUCGAACGCCUUUUUCUUUGGAUCGGAGGAUCUCGUCCAUCACAAAUUCUAAAUAUCGUGGUACCGAAACUUGAGAAUUUGAAUGAUCAACAAAUUGCUAGCAUUAACAACCUGCGUUUAUCAUCUCAGCAAGCUGAAGAUGCACUAUCAAUAGGGUUGGAGAAACUCCAGCAGAGUAUGAUCAACAACAUUCAAGCUGAUCCCUUGGAUUUCGGAAACUACGGCUUUCAGAUGGCUGCUGCCAUUGACAAAGGAGAAGCAGUAGAAGGUUUUGUAAUCCAGGCAGAUCACCUUAGGCAACAAACUCUGUUAUACAUGUCACGCAUCUUAUCGAUUGGUCAAGCUGCUCAAGGCUUGCUGGCUAUGGGGGAAUACUUUCAUCGUCUUCGCACUCUUAGUUCAUUGUGGACUGCUCGUUCAUGUCAUCAUUUCUACCCUACUCAACACUCAAAUUAAGAUAUUUUCUUUUCUUUAUUACAUUUUUUAUUUCUUCAAUAUAUAUAUAUAUUACAUAUGAACAAGCUAAUGCUGUCAACUACCAUGAUGCAAAGUUCAUAUUACGGUUUGUAUAGCUCUUGAGAACAACUUGUAUAUAAACAUUUUAUCAUCCACUACAUGAAGAAGAUAUGAACAAUAAA